AUGGAUGAUGGAAAUGUGGACCCUAAUUCUGAUUUAACCUCUACUGUUAACGAUGUACUGUUAUCCACGAAAAAUGAGAAAACAGACGCCAACGACUCAACUCCAACUUCUUCAACAGACGCAGCUUCGAGUUUUUCUGGAACCGCUCUAAUCGUUUCAGAAGAUCCUAUCAGCAGUACAUCAUCAGAUGUAAUGGAAAGAGAAAAACUCCUCCCUGGAAAUAGUCAAGAAAAUAAUGACAAAGAUACAGUGGUUUCUAAAAAUUUGUUAGGAAAUGAUGGGGAUGUUGAUUUAUUGGAUAUGAAUAUAGCAGAUGUAUCUGCAGAACCAAUUAUUGAAGAUGUAGAAGAUAUUGUUCAAGAUUUGGAAAAUUUACUUGGAGAACCAGAACCUCAACAUGAUUUUCCAACAAGAAGGAAAGAGAAAACUUCAAUUGAAGAAAAAGAUCUGUUGGCAUCCCUGGAUGAUCCACUGGGUGAAUCUAUUGAACCCAAUCUAAUUCCACAAACAUCAACUACAGAACUUCCCGAAAAAUCUCACACCAAUACCUCACUAUCUGAAAAUGUAGAUAACACAAAUAGCAAUAAAACAGAUAAUACAUCUGAAAAAUGUCAAGAUUUAGAGAUCUCACUGAAAGAACCUUGUGAAGUGGUGAAAGAAAUUGAAAACAAAGAGACUUCUGAUGUUAACAUUAAAUUAGAUGAGGUACAAGCAGCCACAUCUGUUCAAUCGGUGGAUAUACUCGAUACAAAAAUUAACCAAACUGAUAAUUCUGUAGAAUCUUCAGAAAACACUGAUGUAGCACCGGAGAGCAAUGAAUUAAGCGUAGUUACUUCAUCUGAAAGUGUGUCUCUUGCUGAAGUUGAGAAUAAAAGUUUGCCUUCGUUCAAAUUGAAUAAGACCAGUGAAGAUGUUGAAGAAACGGAAAAAAUUGAAGAUCCAUCAAUGCCUGUUACAGCUAAGGAAAUUUCGAAUCCUACAGAACAAGUACUUGAACAAGAGCAAUUAGUGUCACAUGAACAACAAACGGAAGAAACUGAAAAGUGUGACGCUUCUCAGUCUAAAACGGAGGAAGAGUUGGUUUCUCAAACAAAUGAUGAAACAAAAUCCUCAGACCAAUCUGUUGAAGAAGUAUCUGCUUCACAAAGUGAAGAAUUGUCAGAGGUAGUGUUUGAUGUCCGUAACGAUGGGGAUUCGCAUCAAUCGGCACCUGAAAAUGCCGAUAACACAACUGAAAGCCUUACUGAUACAGCAGAAGUUAUCAGUGAUGCAACAUCUCCAUCUAAUGCACCCGUUGAUGCAUCUGCCUGCUCAAGUGAAGAAGUUGGUGGACAUGAAGUUGAAACUUUGAAACCGGAUAUAGAAGUUGAAGGAAAUGUGACCUCUUCCUCAGAUCUUUCGAAAGACCAAGAACCCAGUACUGAAGAAGUUGAAAUGUCCGAGGCACCCACUGAAAUAACAGAAUGUGCUGAAACUGCAGAAGUUCAAGAAUUGAUUUCUACCGAUUCAAAUGAUCGAAAUGAAGCAAAUGCAAUAAAGUUGAUCUCUAGCAUUGAAAAAAAUUGUGAAGAAAGUGUUGAGCAAGAAGAAGCUGAAAUAUCAACUGCAGAUGAAGUUAUUACACAACAAAAUGUUCCUUCAGUAAAUAUUUCAAAUGAUGAAGAAACACCGGAAGAAGUAUUAAAUCAGGCAGAAAGUGUUUCAGAAAGUGUGUCAAUAAUAGAGCAAGAUUCACAACAGAAACUUUCAAUAGUUACAUCUGAAAUUGAAAGUUCUGCUGAAGAUGAGGGAAGCUCAGAAACAGUAUUAGAAAAAGAAUCAGAAACUUUUUCAGAAAAUAACGCAGCAUCUGAACAGCCCUCCCAAUUGGAAAAUCCAGUAACAGAAGAAGAAUCACCAAAAAUACAAGAAACAGAUUCGGAAGAAAAAUCUGGAGAUGCACACUUGACUAAAGACAGAUCUCCAGAAAUAAUAUUAGAACAAAAACACAACAGAAGAAUCAUCAACAGAUGA